AUGGACACAUCCGAGGCGCUCAAACUUGUCCCUGUUCCGGCACUCUCCAGGGACAUGUCGAACUUUGGCGAAUGGAAGUUUGCCGUCAGGUUCCAUCUCAGCUACCACAAUGUUGGCUGUUUCGUUGAAGAGAAUGAGGACGGUCACCAACCUGAUAUUACUGCCAAGAUCUGGAGAGUGGAGAAAGAUAUUGGCCCUGCCGCGCCAGUCAUCUCCCAGGAUGAGCGCCGUUGCCGUCGCUUACUCGCGUACUCCAUCAUCUGGUCGUCCGCCAAGGACCUUAUUGGGUUCUUGAAGAGACGGUUCGGCAAUAAGCUGCAGCGCGAGGUUGACCAAUUUGAUCCCAAGAUACUGUGGCAGAUAAUUCUGAUGUACCACAAGACUUGCGGCCCAGCGCAGUACGCGUAG